CAAAAUAAACCUUUUAUAUAUCCACAAAUAAUAUUUGUUGACGGAAAUGGUACACUUCAUCCAAGAAGAUUUAGAUUAGCACGUCAUUUAGGAGUUUUGGCAAAUAUUCCUACCAUAGGAGAUUCGGGAGUAAUAUGGAGAGCGGAACCUAAAGAUAUCAAGAUCCCAGAAGAAAUUCAAGUGCCUAGUACUUUUGAAUUUAAAUUUUUAUUAUAUACUAUUGGAACAGUCGAAUACACUUGUACUAAAUUAGAUAACGUGAAUUAUUGGAAUACAACAAAUUAUGACGCAUUUUUGACAAACGAUAUUCCUAUCGAAUUUAGCCCUGAAUGUUUUGUUGCACGCCAUUACUUUUCAUAUCCACCAUUUAUGGGUGGAAGGGGUCUUUUUGAGUCAAUAGUUCCAGGAGAUACUUCUUUUACGUGGACAUCGCUAGAUGUGACUAUCUCAUCACCUGAUGGUCGCAAAAACCUCCCUCGGGCUCGGGUUCUAUCUCGUGCAUCCAAAGGUCAAGGUGCGCUUGUUGAUAUCACAUAUUCGCUUAGAGUCGCUACUGUUGGAGGCAUCCCUCCUCCAAAUAGCACAUGCGGUACAAAUUAUGAGGAAGGUGAUACUGUUCAUAUCCGAUAUACCGCAGAGAAUUGGUUCUAUCAUCAAAAAGCAAAGAAAUUAAAGGGCAAAAAAAUUACAUAA